GCGUCCAACCAAGACCAAGAAAGAGGUCGACCGAUUGUGAAGUUAAGUUGAUUGAUCCAUUUGCUGAGGUGGUGUAUGCUUUUAGGAUUCAAUAUUUUGAAGAAAGAAGAAAUUGCAAGUUUUCUUCAAAAUGACGGCCCACGAUCAAAUGAGGGCUAUGCUGGACCAAUUAAUGGGAACAGGGCGCAAUGGGGAGAACAACCGUUACCAGGUGAAGUUUACUGAUCCCAAGGUUUGCAAGAGUUUCCUGCUGGCCUGUUGUCCUCAUGAGAUCCUUUCGUCAACUCGCAUGGACCUAGGAGAGUGUCCAAAGAUACAUGACCUUGCUUUGCGGGCGGACUUUGAGCAGGCCAGCCGGACACGGGACUACUUCUAUGAUAUUGACGCCAUGGAGCAUCUGCAGGCGUUUAUCAGUGAUUGUGACAAGAGGACAGAGCUGGCCAAGCAGCGACUGUUGGAGACACAGGAGGAACUGAGUGCCGAGGUAGCGGUGAAGGCCAAUCAUGUUCACGAGCUGGCUGAAGAAAUCGGCAAGAAGUUGGCACGUGCCGAGCAGCUCGGGGAGGAGGGGUUUGUGGAGGAGAGUCUUAAACUCAUGGGAGAGAUAGAAGACCUGCGCAAGAAGAAGGCCGAAGCAGAAGAUGUGUAUCGUAACUCGAUGCCGGCCAGCAGUUACCAGCAGCAGAAGUUGCGAGUCUGUGAGGUGUGCUCAGCCUACCUGGGUAUACACGACAACGACAGGCGGCUGGCAGACCACUUUGGUGGGAAACUGCACCUUGGCUUCAUCAAGAUCCGUGACAAGCUGGCAGAACUUGAGAAAACUGUGGAGGAGCGGCGCCAACAGAAGAGAUCCGAAAAGGACCGUGACUAUGACCGAGACGACAGAGACCGCAGCAGGGACCGUAGUCGGGACCGUGACCGCUACCGUGAUCGCAGCCGGGAUCGAAGCAGGGAACGCAGCAGCAGGCGCCGAAGAAGUCGUACCCGAUCUCGCAGCAAAUCUCGCCAUUCCUCUAGGUCGCGCAGCACAUCCCGAGGACGCCACUCUCGUUCCCGUUCAGAUCGCUCCCGUUCUCGAGAUCGCCGCAGGAGGGAGAGGAAGCGAGAACACCGUGAUCGGGAUAGAGAAGAUUCCAACAGCCGAGAUAGGGACUAGUGGAUCAACCCAUCUGAACCAUUCAAUGUUUUAUCAAUUAUAAAAUUUGCUAUCUUCAUUUCUGCUGACUGUGUCAGCCUAGAAUUUUUGUACACUUUUUUGUUUGAUCUUCACUGGUCGCUCGCUGUUUGUCGGAUCUGUUUGCAUCACAUGAUGUUAAUCUCGAUAAACCAUUGGGUAUGGUAGUACAAUAUGAAAGAGAUUUAAUAUACAGUUUCUUAUUAGUUAAUUUUUAGGAUAUAUGAUAUAAAUAUAAACAUUAUUAUUUA